AUGGAGGAUAUAACAAAGACAGUCAGGUCUACGAUGAUGCGCCGCAAGCAGCGCUUAGGCAUUGCUGACGUUUACUCUAAGACAGGGGGCCCAGGAGACCCCCACGAGCUUAUCUAUGAAGAGCACUUGGCGUCCGAAGGGAAGUUUGCUGUUAUGUGUGAAAGCGAGCUGGAGAAGACACUGCAGCAGCACAUCCUUUCAGAGAGAUCUUCUGCGGCGCGAAGCAUCCCGCGUAGUGAUGGAGAUUUGAUGGAGCACUUUAAUUUAAAAUUAAAUACAGAACAACUCAUCAGCUCCGUAAUGGCAGCGAGACGCACUGAAGAGUAUGUAAAGUUAGCUCUUGAAGGUGUAGCAAAGUUAAGAGCACAGAUACAGCAGCACGGUGGUGUAGACUUCUUAACUCGACUAGAGUUUGACUCUGGAAACCCUAAUAAUAGUAAUAUUAAUAAUACCCAGGGGGCCCCCCAGGGGGCCCCCCACGGAGCUAAUACCCAGGGGGGCCCCCAUGGGGGUAGUACCCAUGGGGGCCCCCAUGGGAGCCACCACGGGGGUAUUAGUAAUGCACAGGGGGGCCCCCAAGGGGGCCCCCAUGGGGACAGUACCCAUGGGGGUACCCAGGGGGCUAGUACUACUCAUGGGGGCCCCCAACUGGCUUAUACUGGGGGUAUUGGAGACCCUUAUUCAGGGAAGCGAGUGAAACCUCCUAUACAGGGGGGGCCCCUCUUGAAUGAGGGGGAAGAGAGAACAGUGUCUCCUCUCUAA